AUGACGUUCUCAAACUCAAACCUGCUCCUCGUUACUGUCGCUAUCGCCGUCGUGAUGACCUUGGACCACGUCCCUGCCGCUGAAGGCUUGAAGUGCUACAUAUGCACCGGAAGUUUAAAUACUUCGAUAAGUAACGGAGGGAAACAGUACCAGCAGCCGUCCGACGAAGAACUGAAGAACAUUCGACGGGCUGAACAGGCUUACAAAGAGAAAAUGGACAGAGCCAUGCCCUGCAAGGACUUCACCGCCACGACCCAAAAAGAAGACAGGGCCCAGAUAGAAUGUCUAUCCUUUUGGCCAAAUCAAAUUUGUAUGACCCACAAAACCCAAGGAAGAGGAUGUUCCGUUGACUUUCCAGAACCACCAGACCAGCCGGAUACUGUAUUCGCGCCCAUAAAUACUUGCCCUCCGGACGCGAAAGGGUGCAAAUGCAACAGGAAUUUGUGCAACGGCGUGGUGUUCGGUGCCAGCAGCAAGGCGGACGACAUGAAUGAUUCGUCGAAACGCGGCGUCGUCUCCCUGAUCGGCAUCAGUUUCUUCGUCGGAGGAAACUACUUUGGGAGCGGUGGAGGCUUCUUUUGAAUCGGGGGCCAAAUAACCACAAGAUUCCAACCCAUACCCAACUCAUGAUGAUGCCGACAAACAAAAAAAAAGUAUUUAUGAAUAUUCGUACCUCGAAAUGUUGUAGGAGACGAUUUAUCACUGUUUAGAACCAAUGCAAAAUUUGUAUUGUACACAAAUUCAUAAAGUUGUUGGGUA